AUGGCUCAGAAGCGAAUCCUCGUUAUUGGUGGAACCGGAGCACAGGGUUUCGCAGUCGUCAAGGCCCUUGUCGAAGCAAAGGAUCCCUUCACCGUUCGCGUGUUGUCCCGCAACCCGGACUCCGAGACCGUUAAGGAGACUUUCAAGGACUAUCCCCAAGUGGAGCUCGUCAAAGGCUCCUUCAUGGAUUUUGAUUCCGUGGAGAGAGCCCUUCAAGACUGCUACGGCGUCUUUGUCAACACUGAUGGCUUCACCGUCAACGAGGCGGACGAGCUUUGGUCUGGCAUUCGCAUCUUUGAGAUUGCAAACACUAUCCCAACGCUUCGCCAUUUUGUGUAUAGCAGCAUCGACUACUAUCUCCGUCUGACCAACUUCGAUCACAAAUACGCAGCUCAUCACACCAAUGGCAAAGGUCGUGUUCACACUUAUCUUGAUGGUAUGACCUCGCCGGCGCACCCCGACUCUAAGCUUGUUUGGUCGGUUCUCAUUACCGGUCCUUAUAAUGAGGAUCUCAUUGGCGGACCUUAUGUGCCACACAUUGCCGCAGAUGGCACUCGCGUCUUCCGACUUCCCUUGGGCGAGGGAUAUAUCCCCUUCAUGACUCUCCAAGAUUGUGGUGCCUUUGCCCUCCACAUGUUCCAGAACCGUGAGGAAUGGUCUGGCAAGACCCUCCUCGCGACGAGCCACUUCUCCAACGGCAAAGAAAUCGCCGAGACUCUGUCCCGUGUAGCCGGGGUCAAAGCGCGCUACGAACCCAUCACCGUCAAGGAGUGGGUUGAUACUUUGCCCUAUGCAAAUGCGCCUGUGUCGAGCAUGUAUCCCGAUGGAAUCACGGUGGGACAGAACUUUAGCAUGUGGUGGCCUGGCUUCGCGAAUAGCAUUUUGAAGAAUGAGGGCACGCGAGACUUGGGCGAGAUGAAGCGGAUCAAUCCCAAUCUCCAAAGUCUCGAGGAUUGGAUCCGCGAGACUAAGUGGGAUGGUACUGCGCGACAAGUUUUGAAGGGCUUUAAGGAUGGAGGCAUCACGGCGGAAAUGCAACAACUUAGGGCAGAGUGA